AUGGCGUUUUUGCAUUUCUUUCUCGUAGUUAUUUCUUCUUGCGGUGUUGACGCAAUGGUUUUUACAUUGCAAAACAGAUGCAACAAGACCAUAUGGCCGGGGAUCCAAGCAUCUGGAGGACAACCGCUACUCAUGGAAGGUGGUCUUGAGCUGAAACCUCUACAAUCAAGGAAUUUAACAGCACCAAAAGGAUGGUCCGGCAGGUUUUGGGGUCGAACUGGAUGCACAUUCAAUGUUUAUGGUUUGGGAACAUGCACCACCGGUGAUUGUGGAAGUGGUAUCUACUGUAAUGGUGCCGGCGGUGAACCCCCAGCUUCUCUAGCAGAGUUCACCCUCGACAGCCCUGUGGAUUUCUAUGAUGUGAGCCUGUUAGACGGAUACAACAUUCCCAUCUCGAUAAUUCCACAGGAUGACUCUGGCCUUUGUCCCAGUGUUAGAUGUGACACGGAUUUGAACUUACAUUGUCCGCCUAAUUUGCUAGUUAGAGGGGAUCGUGGACAGAUUGUUGCAUGUAAAAGUGCAUGCACGGCGUUUCAGUCGCCGGAAUUUUGUUGUACUGGGCAGUUUCAAAAUCCAAAUAGAUGCAAACCAACAAAAUACUCGCAGUAUUUCAAGCGGGCUUGCCCGACUUCCUUUACCUAUGCUUUUGACGAUAUGACUAGUACUUUUACCUGCCGAGAAUCAGAUUACGUGAUCAGGUUCUGUUGAUAUCUUUACAAGCAUGUAUCAUUUCUAAUUCUUCACCUGAAUGAUAAGAUUACAGCAAAAUAAAAUAUGAUUACGUUGUAGAUCCUUGAGAAUUGUUACUGCAUUAAUUAUUACUGGAGUUGCUUUUACAAUCCAAACUAAUGGAUUUAUUUUUUUAGUUAUAUAUUUUUUUAAUAAUAUUCAAUAUUAACGUGGAUGUGAAAGUCAUUGCCCAAUACUUUUAUGAUGUAAUCUUUAAAAUAGAAGCAAUGCAAAUAAUAUGUACUAUAUAUUGAUGGUUUAUGGGUGAAUGAUCACCGGUGAGGCUUGGAAUUUCUUUUCGGCAAAGUUUCAUGAUCCUACGUAUAAUGGUCCCAAAUAGAUUUGUAACAAAUUUAAAAGAAUCUCCAUGUAAUAAAUUUUAAAAAGUCUUCUUUAAAGAUAGGGC